AACCUACCAAACAAACCAUAUCUUCCUUCUCUUGGUAGCCUCUUGGGUCUCUCUAACACUCGCAAGUGAUGUCUGUGCAACUGUGGGAGACCUUGAAGGAGGCCAUAGUGGUCUACACUGGCCUAACUCCUUCCACCUUCUUCACGGUGCUCGCCCUAAUUCUGGCCGUUUAUUACGUCGUUUUGGGUCUCUUUGGGACUCAACCGGAGCGCCCCCGCCCCCACCACACCGAGGAGGAGGAGAUGCCGCCUCUGCGGCCGCCGGUCCAGCUCGGUGAGAUCACGGCUGAGGAGCUCAAAGCCUACGACGGCAACGAUACGGGUAAACCCUUGCUUAUGGCCAUCAAGGGACAGAUCUACGAUGUCUCCCAGAGCAGGAUGUUUUAUGGUCCUGGUGGACCUUAUGCUCUAUUUGCUGGAAAGGAUGCCAGCAGGGCUUUAGCAAAGAUGUCUUUUGAAGAGAAAGAUUUGACUGGGGAUAUUUCUGGACUUGGCCCAUUUGAGCUUGAUGCUUUACAAGAUUGGGAAUAUAAGUUCAUGACCAAGUAUGUAAAGGUUGGAACUGUCAAAAGUGAACUUCCUGUAACUGAAUCAGAGUCCACCGCAGAACCAUCAGAAACUACUUCCCGUGAUAUUGAUACUGCUUCUAAGCCCAAUGAAGAUGGCAAAUCAGAAAUUGGUGCUGUUAAAAGUGAAGAAACCCCUUCAAACAUUGAUGCAGAAAAAGAGAACAUUGAUCCAGGAAAAGAAGAGUGAUGUCUGAGUUGUCCCACAAUGCCCAUGACGAAAUGGAGAGAGAGAAAAAUCUGCAUUGUAAAGACUGAGCAAAUGUAACUCAAGCUUUUUCGAAGAUGAAUGUAGGUCAUCUCCUCUGAUUCUCCCUUUAUUUGAAUAUUCGGUGUUAUAAUAAUCAACUGUGGGUAAAUUUUUCAAAUUUCAUAGUAUGUACGUGUUAUAUUAGACUGGUAAGCUUUAUUGAAUAAUAUUUUUCUUUGA